AUGAAUAGGCUUCCGACAUCGAGAUUCGAACCGCAGGACUUCAUUGGCACGAUGAAUCCGGAAGCUCUUAAACUUCCUGCUCUUCAGAAUAAAAAAAAGCCACAUCCUUACGAAAAAUUCGCAGAUUUAGCUUUACAAAUCGAUAAUAUUGUGAAACAAAUUGAUGAAGAACAAGAAAAAAUAGAUAACAUGCUAGCAUCAGAUAAACCAACCCCAUUUUGCACAUUCAAAAAGUGGUUACUAGACUUUGAAGAAAGAAUCAAAGAAAGAGACAACGAAUUGAAUAUUUUUUCGAAGCAUCUCACAUCAUUUAGAGAGAAAGUCGAUCCUACAUUUGUGGAGGUAGAUAGUGCCAAUGAAAAAACUCCAUCUUAUGAUACAAUUUCCUAUUCAUUGCUUGUUUCAAAUGAACAGCGUAAUUUCUUUUCAAAACAAGAUAUUGUUCACCAAAAUAAUGAAUUGAAGAUCCUUAUUCACGAACAACAGGAAGCUAUUUCAAAUUUACGUUCUCGUCUUAAAAUCUUCGAAGAUUUUCAGAAUAAAAACGCCAUUAAGCAUACUAUCGCAUCUCUUAAACAAGGUACAACUCCUAUGGCUUUGGCAGGAGCUGCACCAACAAGAGCAAAUGAGCUCAGAGCAAAGCAGAAAAUCCUUUCUGCAGAGCUUGUAGCACUUGUUAAGAAGAGAGUUGAGCUUCUAAAGAAGCAUAAUGAAGAUCGCUACAUGGCAAGACACGAAAAAUUAUUAAAUCAAAAGGCACUUACUAUUCAGCGCAUUUGGCGUGGUUAUCUUGCACGUAAAGAGAUCAAGCAUCUCAACCAAUGCGCUGUUCUUAUCCAGAAACAUGUUAGAGGCUGGCUUGUUAGAUAUCAACAAAAGAUGGCUAUGGAAGACCUCAUUGUUGAGGAACAAAAAGUUACAACGAAGCUAUCUGAGAAUAAUUCUCCUAGAGAAGAAGCACCAAAUGAAUAA